AUGUGCAACGUGCCAUAUCGAAGUGCUGUCGGAGGCAUCAUGUAUCUCAUGGUCGCCACACGUCCGGAUCUAGCUGCUGCAGUGGGAUCAUUAUCCCAGUUCUCGUCCGACCCAUGCCCGACUCACUGGCAAGCUUUGAAGCGUGUGCUGAGAUACCUGCAAGCAACUCCCAAUCAUGGUCUUGAGUUUACACGUGAAGAAGGAAGCCGUAUCUGCGGGUACACCGACGCAGACUGGGCCGGCGACAUUGAGUCAAGACGAAGUACAAGCGGCUAUGUGUUCAUGAUGAGCGGAGGAUGCAUCAGCUGGAAAAGCCAGAAACAACGGACGGUCGCGCUAUCUUCAACAGAAGCAGAAUACAUGGCGCUUUCCGAAGCAACCAAAGAAGCAGUAUGGCUCAAGGUGCUUUUGGGGGAACUUGGUGAGAUGACAAGCGACGAAGCGAUCAAGAUGUAUGAAGACAACCAAGGAUCAAUCGCUCUCGCCAAGAACCCGGAGUUCCAUAAGAGAACAAAACACAUCGACAUACGCUACCAUUUUGUGCGUGAGAAGGUGGAAUCAGGUGAAGUCGUUUUGGAGUAUUGCCCGACUCAAGAUAUGCUGGCAGACAUGAUGACCAAGCCGAUCGCCGCUGUACAAUUUGAAAACAUUCGCGAUCGACUUGGGAUCCAAGGUGCCGCAGCUAACGAGUCGAGAGGGAGUGUUGAAAAGACAGCGGCUGUGAAGAAGACACCUCGUCAAGCUGCGUCAAGUGUUGAAGCAAGUGGAAGACCAAGCCUCGCUAUACCGGUGGGUACCGGUAUGUACCAGUAA